AGUAGCAGUAGCAGUAGUAGUAGAAGCAGCAGAUGCAGUAGUAGGAGCAGUAGUAGUAGAGUAAGUAGUAGUAGUAGUAGUAGUAGUAGUAGUAGCAGCAGUAGUAGAAGCAGCAGCUGCAGUAGUAAGAACAGUAAUAGUAGUAGUAACAGCAGCAGUAGCUGCAGUAGUAGUAGUAGCUGCAGUAGUAGUAGCAGCUGCCGUAGUAGGAGCAGUAGUGGUAGUAGUAGUAGUAGCAGGUGUAGCAGCAGAAGGACUACUAGUAGUAGCAGUAGUAAAUGCAGCAGCAGCAGUAGUAGUAGUAGUAGCAGCUGCAGUAGUAGGAGCAGUAGUAGUAGCAGAAGUAGUAGUAGUAGUAGUAGUAGUGGUAGUAGCAGCUGCAGUAGUAGGAGCAGAAGUAGCAGCAGCAGUAGUAGUAGGCGCAGCAGCAGUAGGCCUAGUAGUAGUAGUAGUAUUAGUAGUAGUAGCAGCAGUAAAAGCAGUAGCAGCAGCAGUAGUAGUAGUCGUUGUAGCAGUAAUAGGCCUAGUUGUAGUAGUAGUAUUAGUAGUAUUAGUAGUAGUAGCAGUGGUAACAGCAGCAGCAGUAUUAGAAGUAGUAGUAGCAGCAGCUGCAGUAGUAGGAACAGUAGUAGUAGCAGAAGUAGUAGUAACAGCCGCAGCAGAAGUAGUAGUAGUAGUAAUAGUAGUAGCAGCAGCAGCAGUAGUAGUAGUCGUCGUAGCAGCAGUAGGCAUAGGAGUAUUAUUAGUAGUAGCAGUAGUAAAAGCAUCAUUAGCAGUUGUAGUCGUAGCAGCAGUAAUUGCAACAGCAACAGUAGUAGUAGCAGCAGCUGCAGAAGUAGUAGUAGUAGUAGCAGUUGUAGCAGCAGAAGGACUAGUAGUAGUAGCAGCAGCUGCAGUAGUAGGAGCAGUAGUAGUAGCAGAAGUAGUAGUAGCAGAAGCAGCAGUAGUAAUAGUAGCAGCUGCAGUAGUAGGAGCAGAGGUAGUAGAGUAAGUAGUAGCAGUAGCAGUAGUCGUAGCAGCAGUAGGCCUAGUGGUAGUAGUAGCAUUAGUAGUAGUAGCAGCAGUAAAAGCUGCAGCAGUAGCAGUAGUAGCAGCAGCUGCAGUAGAAGUAGUUGUAGAAGUCGGCGCAGCAGUAGGCCUACUAGUAGUUGCAGUAGUAAAAGCAGCAGUAGUAGUAGUAGUAAAAGUAGUAGCAGCUGUAGGAGUAGUAGUAGUAGCGUUAGCAGUAGUAGUCGUAGCAGCAGUAAUAGCAGCAGUAGUAGUAGCAGCAGCUGCAGAAGUAGGAGCAGUAGUAUUAACAGUAGUAGCAGCAGCUGCAGAAGUAGGAGCAGUAGUAGUAGUAACAGUAGUAGUAGUAGCAGCAGUAGCAGUAGUAGUAGUAGUAGGAGUAGUAACGGCAGUAGUAGUAAUAGUCGUAGCAGCAGUAACCCUAGAAGCAGUAGUAACAACAGUAGACAUAGUAGUAGUAUUAGGAUAAGCAGUAGUAACAGUAGUAGCAGCAGCAGUAGCAGCAGUAGUAGUAGCAGUAGGAGGAGUAGUAUUAGCAUCAGUAGCCCUAGAAGCAGUAGUAACAGCAGUAGACGUAGCAGUAGUAGUAGUAGACCUAGUAGUAAUGGUAGCAGAAGGCAUAGUAGU